AUGGGUUCCGGAGCUUCCACUCAGGGUAACGGGGAAAAUCCCGAGAUCGUGGCUGAAGCGCAAUGGGUCGUUAUCCGCGUGAAGAACAAAAUCAGGAAUCAACCCAUAUCUGUCAAGAACGCAAAACUCAAGUGGGGCAAAUUCUACGACGGAAACGACCAGGACAAUGAGGUUCCUGCCAGCGACAUAAACAAGCUUGAUAUUCAGCCUAACAAAACAGGGAACAUUGCUGCGGCUGGCCGCGCGCAUGCUGCGUCCGGUACUGAAGGAACUAUCGAUCUGAAGGAUGGUGACACGAAAAUAUGUACUCUCUACUGGCUCUGCCCAUGGGGGGAAAAGACCAACGAUUUCCAACUCCGCGACCUAGAAGAGGACGAUUAUGGUGUAACUGUGAAAGCUUGGAACCGGAAGAACGGUGCGCUAGGGCAUGUGGAUGUCAUUGUUUCUAAAUACUAG